AUGAACUUUGAGACUGGCCAAGACAAGACUUCGAAUGCGCCAAUUCCCAAGGAUAAACUGUCAGAAUUGAUUAAAUCGACCUACGACAAUUUGGAAAGAAGUGGUAAUGCUUCUGUGGAUCAAUUGCUUAAAAGUCUACUAGAGCAAUUGAACUCACAUUCGUCGCUUUACAAAUACAUCGUUUCCAUUUCCACGUUAGAAACAGGGUCUGAAACUAUUGAUAGUGAGAAUUGUACAAUGUCAAAUGCAAUUGGUGCAUCUUGGAAUUCAAGAAAGGAUGGACUGUUUAACUAUGAUUUGCCCGACAAUGAACACAGGGGUGUUAAGCAUCUAGUGACCGUGAUAUGGGUGGCUAAAUGA